GUAAACAAUCGUCCCAGUCUACAUGUCAAUGGGCCAAUCUAUGUGUAGGUUCGACGUACAAAAGAAAUGCCAGAAAGUUGUGGCAUUACAUACCUGGAUUGAAGUGUAUCGCACCAUCACCAAUAAUCCUUCCUUUUCCAUUGCUCAGUUUCAUCAGGUAAGCGUACGAGAGCUUCUUGCGCUCGCUUAUCCAUCCUCCUUUGUCCUUUCAGCCACAACUGUGUCAUCAAAUUCACAACCAGGAACGUUAGAUGGAGCCUGGUAAUUCCCACACAAGUGAUCCACAUUUGAUGGAGGAUCGUUGUCUUGUAGCACCGUCUCCGAAGGUACGCAAACAAGUUCUACAAAAAUUUAAAGAUCUCAAGCGUCUUCUCGGACAGAGCGCCGGUCAUUCAAUACUAAGAACGUUGCUGCGACCCGUGGAGAGGCGCCCUCCUGGCUUCAAUGAUGGUCUCCUUCGCCCUCACAACACUUUCAGACCGGGAACCUCGCUGGCUGCAGCUCGAGCCGCUCGACAAAGGCCACGAGGAGUUUGCAACGUCGCAAUUGUCCUAGUCGACUUCAUUGAUAAAAAAUUUGAGGCUGAACAAGACCUUGCUCACUACCAGCGCUUGUGGUUUGGCGAAGGAACGAACAGCGUGCGGGAUUACUUCCGUGACGUGUCGAAAAACUUGGUAGACGUCCAGGGGGAAAUUGUUGGCCCAUGCCGAAUGCCGCACCCACUGAAGUACUACGCUAACGGACAGAACGGCCUAGGUGACAAUCCUCCGAACGCAAGAGCAAUGGCAAAGGAUGCGGCUAGAAUCGCGGACCGUAUGAUCACCUUCACGAAGUAUGACAAUGAUGGUGACGGCUUUGUCGAUGCAUUUGUGAUUGUGCACGCUGGCCAAGGGGCCGAGCUUACAGGGUUGGCGAACGACAUCUGGUCGCAUAAGUUUGUUUUGGAUGGAGGACCCUACAGAGCGGACAACACUUCGGUAUAUGCAUACCUCACCAUUGCUGCCGACAGCAAGCUUGGCGUGUGCGCUCACGAGCUUGGCCAUCUUGUGUUCGGGUGGCCAGACUUGUAUGACGCCGACUCCACUUCCUCCGGCAUUGGCGGGUGGUGUCUCAUGGCCUCGGGGUCCUACAAUGGCGACGGAGACAACCCCGCGCCGCCUAGUGCGUGGUGCAAAGUGGAUCAAGGCUGGGUGACAGUUACUGAGGUCACCAGCACAGCCAUGAUCUCCCUGCUAGAUGUGAAGGACGGGAACCAAGUUCUGAAAUUGUGGAAAGAUGGGGCGCCAGAUACCGAGUAUUUCCUGCUUGAGAACCGUCAGCAAAUUGCGCGGGAUGCAGACCUGCCUGGCCAUGGCCUUUGUUUGUGGCACAUCGAUGAGACCAAAGAUGACAACAAUGACGAGACUCUGGGCUACAAGGUAGCACUUGUGCAGGCUGACGGGGUAAAGGACCUUGAAAACAACGAUCAGGAAUGGGGCGACUCUGGCGACUCCUUUCCCGGCGAGAGAAACGUGCGGGCAUUGGAUUGGAGCACCAAUCCUUCAACAAAUGCCAAUAACGGUGCGCCGACGUGCGUUGCCAUCACUAGCAUCAGUGACUCGGGGCCCGUAAUGACCUUCACCGUCAACGUGGCCGACUACAGCGCUCCCUAUUCCACAGAGUCUUAGAUCUGGCUGAGCUCGUGGGUAGAAACGUGCCAAUCUGCAAACUUAUCGUGAUAAACCAGCAAGCAGUGUCACUGAAUAGGACAGGAUUUUCGGCACGUUAGUUGCUGAUGGGAAGCUCAAGCCAACAGCAGCAAAACUAGAGCAUUCAUGACAUCGUGAGCCUGCUGACUGAUGAUGCCUUAGUAUUUCGUUGCGACACCUUAUAAAAUCAUAAAUGAUUCUAGCUUCAACUGUUGCGGCAUCGUCUUUUUUCUUUUUUUUUUUUUUUUUUUUUUUAAAGCAACAGUGGUAUAUUAAUAAUUUAAUGGGGUACACCUCAAUCUGGUUCCCUAGGAAGGGAUUGCUGCAUCGUCUUACCUCCUGGCGACUCCGCAAACUUCACCAGCAUGUGCAUUCAAUCCACCGCUCAAUUGCAUAUUGAAGUACGACACUGUGUCUCUUCGACAGCCCAUCAGCAGCAGCAUCGGAUCGCGAAACUCGGAUGGAUAUCUGCAAGGAUGAUAUAGUUAUGACAUCCCAUUAGCUGGGCUCCGACGAGAAGGCUACUGACUUCUCAAUUAGAUAAUAUAACCUUGCAUGCAUUCACCAGGUCUACUCUAGGAAAAUUACCCUCAGGUCAAGUUGCACAGAGCUAUGCCCAUGGAAGGAAGCACAAGUACCUCCACAAAUAAACAAAUAAAUCUCUCGUUACUCAUGUUUACUGAUUAUCCUAUGAAAUUGUAUAGUUUACAGCUUCCAAC